UGGAAACCCGGGGCGGCAGCAACAGGUCGGGUGAAGACCGAAGGCGCGGGCAGGCGGCAGGGACGGUGGCUUCACAGACCUCAGCAACUAUGGCUUCCUGCCCAGACUCUGACAACAGCUGGGUGCUUGCCGGCUCGGAGAGCCUGCCCGUGGAGACCCUGGGCCGGGAAUCCACGGUGGACACAGAAUCGGAGCGAGCUCCCCAGGCCCUCGGGAGCCCCUCCAAGGCAGCUGUGGAAGAGUUAGCUGGGGCUGAGGCUGGAGGAGAGACCGUCUUCCAGAGCGAAAGCUCCCAGUCUGGGCCCCUUCUGCCAGAGAAGACUGAGGCCAAGGGGGACGUGGAAGGCAAUGGCUGUGCUGCGGGCCCCCCUGGCCCAGGAGACACGCUGGUCCAGGGAGACUCGGACGAGGCCCCUGGGGCAGCAGGCCUGGGACCGGACACAGAGGAUGCGGAGGGUCAGAGCCCCCCAGGGAGCCUGCCUUCAUUGCCCAGUGCAGCUUGGCCCAGGGAGGAGGCCCACUGCUCUAGCAGUGAGGACGACACCGAUGUGGACGUGGAGGGUCUGCGGAGACGGUGGGGCCGGCAGCCCAGCGCUCCUCAGCCCGCUGGGCCCCUAGGCACGGAGGACCAGGCCGGAGGCGAGGGUGCGGGCUGUGAGCUGGGCAUCUCCCUCAACACGUGCAUCCUUGGGGCUCUGGUUCUGCUGGGCCUGGGGAUCCUCCUCUUCUCCGGUGGUCUGUCAGAGUCGGACAAGGGGCCCAUGGAGGAAGUAGAACUGCAGGUCUUCCCGGACACAGAGUUGGACACAGAGGUGCGCGACGCUGCGGGGGACGGGCAGGAUGGGGUCCCAGGACCCUCUGACAGCGUCCCCAGCCUGCAGAGCAUGGCCCUGCUGCUGGAUAGGCUGGCCAAGGAGAACCAGGACAUCCGGCUGCUGCAGGCCCAGCUGCAGGCCCAGAAGGCGGAGCUUCAGGGCCUGGUGCAGCGGCCCAGAGAGCUGGAAGAGGAGAACGCCCGGCUGCGCGGGGCCCUGCAGCGGGGUCAGUCCUCCCAGCGCGCCCUGGAGUUGGAGCUGCAGCAGCUGCGGGCCCGGCUGCAGGGGCUGCAGGCCGACUGCCUCCGGGGCCCGGACGGGGUGUGCUUCAGCUGGGGCUCCCGGGGUGGCAGGGUCACCGAGCAACUGGGCCCCAGGGAGCAGAGGCCAGAUGCUGGCUUCCUGGAGCAGAAGGAGCGGCUAGAGGCUGAGGCCCCGGCCUUAAGUCAGGAGCCGGAGACGCCGCGGCGGCUGCUGGGGUCCAUGCAGCAGAGCCUGAGGGGCGCGGGCCACAGACUGGCCCCGAAGCUUCAGGGCCUGCAGAGCUGGGGCGAGCACCCUGGGGUCCGUGCCAAUGCCUCAGAGGCCCACUUGCAGAGUUCCAGGGAAGGGAGUGGGAGGGAGAAGUGGCAGGAUGGGGAGGGGGACCGGAACGCUGAGCCCCGGAAGCACAGGAAGGAGGGGUCUGACCGCGAAAGAAAGAAGGGCUGGCGGGGUGAAGGGGACAGGGAGCUGGCCGGGAAGGGGAAGGAGGGGGAGUGGGGCAGCAAGAAGGAUGGCAGGCGCCAGGGCCCCAAGGAGCCCCCUAGGAAGAGUGGGGGCCCGCAGUCCUCCGCGGAGAGGCAGAAGCACCCUCAGUGCAGGGAGGGGGCUAAAGCUGGGCCUGACCCCCUGCCGCUGUGGGCAGAGCUGUCGAGGCACAAGUACCGGGUGCCCCAGGGCUGCUCGGGCGUGCGCGAGUGUGCCCGGCAGGAGGGCCUGGACUUCGGCGUGGAGCUGGCCCCGGUGCGGCAACAGGAGCUGGCCUCUCUGCUGAGGGCUUACCUGGCGCGGCUGCCCUGGGCCGGGCAGCUGUCCGAGGAGCUGCCCCUCUCGCCUGCUUACUUCAGCGAGGAUGGCUUCUUCCGCCAUGACCGCCUCCGCUUCCGGGACUUCGUGGAUGCCUUGGAGGACAGCCUGGAAGAGGUGGCCAUGCGACAGACCGGUGAUGACGAUGAGGUGGAUGACUUGGAGAGUUUCAUCUUCAGCCACUUCUUUGGAGACAAGGCGCCAAAGAAGAGGUCAGGGAAGAAGGACAGACACUGGCGGGGCCCGGGGAGGGGCUGAGGCCUGGCGUACCCUAGCCCCGGGACCACGGGACUCUCCUCUGGCUCCCAAGGGAAGCAGAAUCACGCAGCGCCACCCCAAUGCCCCGUGUGCUGGGAAAAGGCCUCGGCGGCAUCUGUCUUGCUGUCUAUGCAGACAUGUGCCAGUGCGGGCUUUGGGGGAAGGGGGGCGGAAUCCUGACUCUGCAGCCUCAGCUUUCAUCCUCACGCGCACCCCCACCGUGGGCCCCUGGGCUCCACGCGCUGGCCCGUGCCCCCUGGGAUGGGACUGGACUUGCUGGCUGGAGGCCCAGCACGAGGGCUUUCCCUGGGGUUUUGUUAGACUUGAAGCAGCCACCCCCCGGGGAGGGGGUGGUGAAGCCCCCUUUUUACCCCUGCUUCUCACGCGGCCGCACCUCCCUGUGUGAGCUGUAGUCUCAGACCCCAGUAAAAUGCUGUUGGAGCUGUGGGGUGGGGGCUCUGUCACGGGGGUCGUAUCUGAGCACAGAGGCCCCCACGCCCACCUGUCCCCCACGCCCACCUCCCAGCCACCCCUGGGCCCUCAGGGCCGGGACUCCCCAUUGUGCUCGCAGCCGCCUUGGGGCCCCCGGGAGAUGGAGAAAAUGAGCAUGGGUUUUGGAGUGUGCUUCCAUCCCUGGGAGCCUAGCGUUUCUGAUCCUCAAAAUAGGGGAUUGGACGGCUGGGGAGAGAUUAAAUAAAGCAAUGUAA